GGAGGCGCCAGAGCAAACAAUCCGGACCGUUAAGCAAGUCACACGUUUUCCAAUUUUUGCAAAGUUGAGCGCAACAUGUGACAACUUCGUGUGUUAUUCAAAGAACAUGAAAUAAGAAGGCAAGCGUUUUAGCACGCACGGUGGAAUAAUUGUUUGGAUUUGUUGCACACACUUGCUGACGCCGAGAAAAGCGAAAGGAUGCGUUCUGCAAUUAAAGAGAUUUUUACAUGUCUGUUGGGGUCCAUGUCAUCAUUUGACAAUGGCUUGAUUUUCGGCUUUUCGGCGAUCGCGCUGCCGCAAAUGCAGCAUCAAGAGAGCUGGUUCCCUAUCACGGAAGAUGAGGCCUCAUGGAUAGCAAGUUUGCCUGCUCUAAGCUGUGCCAUUGGAAGCAUGUUGAUCAGUUACCUGAUGGACAACGUGGGCCGAAAGCGGUCCAUGCAGCUGCAGUGCGUGCCCCGCAUCAUCGGCUGGCUGUUCGUUGCUUUCGCGCCCAAUGUGUACUACAUUUAUGCAGGGCGCCUUCUUUCUGGACUCGGCGUUGGAAUGAUUGACUCCACAAUACAAGUGUACAUCAGCGAGGUGACAACGCCGAGUCUGCGAAACGUCCUCGGCUCGGUGCCGAGCGUGACUUUUGCGAUUGGUUUGUUGCAAGUGUAUAUGCUGGGCGCGUUAGGCCUGCAGUGGAACCUGGUGGCGACAUUUGGCGCCCUAGUGCCGUUGGUGAACCUUGUGGUGCUGUUCGUCCUGCCUGAGAGCCCUGCGUGGCUCAGGGCGAAGGGUAGGACGGAAGAAAUGAAGAAAGCACUGCAGUGGUUCGGCAAGAGCAGUGGCGGUGAAGAUCCUCAAAUUUCUACAAGCGAUUCAAAAGCCGAAACUGCAGAGUUGUCUGCGUGGCAGUGUCUGUUGUCACGCACCUCCCGGCGGCCGCUGCUCAUCAUGCUGGCCUUCUUCACCUUCCAGCAGUUUUGCGGCAUGAACGCUGUCACCUUCUACACGGUGCAAAUGUUCGAGUCGUCCGGCGACGGCGUGCUGAGCACCAACCAGGCAGCUAUUGUGAUCGGUGCCACCCGCCUACUGGUCGUCUGCCUGAGCUGCUGCCUGCUGUCCAGAGUCGGCCGCCGCACCGUCACCAUCAUCUCAGGCGCGGGCAUGGCCGUCAGUAUGACUGCCCUCGGCAUCGUUGUCCUCGCCACCGGCACGCCACCCCUCUUCGCCUCCCUCGCCUGCGUUGCCACCUUUAUUGCUUUCAACACUUUCGGUUUUUUCUCAAUACCUUGGGUGAUGUUGGGCGAAAUUAUCCCUGCAAACUGCCGUGGGCUGGCUUCAGGCUUGCUCUCAAGCGUUGCUUAUAUCUACAUUUUUACUGUUGUCAAGAUCUACCCAUUUGCUAUAAGCCUUUUUGGCGAAGGCGAAGUUUUCCUCGUUUUCGGCUGUGUCUCUGCUACAGGAACACUUUUUGUGUAUCUUAUUCUUCCUGAAACCAGAGGCAAAUCUCUGCAGGAAAUUCAGAACCUGUUUAAGAGAUAAUUGCCUAUAUGGAUAAAAUAUCUAAUUGUUUAGAUUUUAUAAAUUGUAAAUAUAAAUAUUGUUAAGCUUUCGA